AUGAAGUACCUGGUGUGUCUGUUUCUCGUUGGAUGCCAAGUGCUCAUUAAGGGCGAUGAUCUGCUGGAUGCUGAGGAACCUCCUGAGGGAUACUAUGCCUUUAUAGAAUCCCCGUCAGCAGUUCCACCGAAGGUGCGGUCACCUCCCUACACGCACAUCAACAUCGAGUGCAAAGAGGCGACCAACCCGAAGCCCUACGUUUCGGCCAACAAUCUUUGCGGUGAUCUGAACAAGGGCAAAAUUCCGCGCAAUCCAAUGAAGCAAAACGUACUGGGUGAACCAUAUCCCUUUGAGUUGAUCCGUAACCAAACGCUCAAGUUCCUGUCGAAAACGCUACCAGUGCUGAAGGCCGAUGAUACGCUGCCGAAGGUGACGCAAAUAAUUCCGGAAGAGCCCGUGGAGCAGUUCGACGAUAAUGGAAUUGGCCGCCGUAUGGGUAGAGCGAUGCGCGGAGAGGAGGAACGACGUGAAGAGGAUCCUCGAGCUCCUCGUAAGUUCUGCGAUGGUGGCGGUGUGUUCUGUGCGCUUUAUCGUGCGAUCCAGGGUGAACCGAUCACCAGCAAGCUUGUGGCUGAACGACGUGAAGAAGCCGCUGCCUAUCCUCCUCCUCCACGCUACGAAGGACCUCCGACGCCCUGCCCAGCCAAGGUCGAAUACGCGACACCAGUGUUCGCGAAGAACUAUCAGGGAUCGUGGCGGUACGUGGUGCAGAUACCUUACGAAGGUUAUUUCACACAGACCGUGGAGGUGACACGGUGUCUGCAGGCACGCUGUCACUAUUUGGAUGGUGGCUGCUUGUCUUCACCUCGCUGGGUCAGUCUGCUAGUGGCGGAAAUCUUCUAUCCCAACGCGGAGGAAUCUACCACGACGACCACGACAACGACAGCUCCCUCCAUCCAAGACUUCCAGGCGUACCAGCAAUACCUGCAGAAGCGAGCCGGACUACCGACCGACAACGUUUACGACAACACCGGAAGCAGCAUGGCGGCCAAGGCAAACCAGCACUGUGAUGGCCACGAUGAGAUUGGAUGCUUCCAGGUGCGACUAUACUACGAUUGGUUCCUGAUCCCGGGCUCGUGCAAGUGCUGGCGACCGGACUAUUUUGCCAAGUACGUCCGAAAGCGACCAACGCCGGAUCUGUAAAUCCUGCCACUUGAUCCUGUACGGCUCUAUACGGCGAGCCUCACAACCUGAGUUUACGUAGGAAACAACGGCCGCUGUUCCAGAAAUUAUUUAUUAUUUAUCGUCUAAAACCCCCUCCCAGUCAUCCGGAAA